UAGUAGUAUAGUAUACUCCAAAUGAUCUGACCGUUAGAUCUACUUCGAUGGGCUCCGAUCAAUCUCAAUGGUCGAUUAUUAUUUUGCAUUAAAUUGAACCUUGGGUUUGAGUUUAGAGAAUAAGGGCCCGGGGUUUAUCCAAUAGAGGUUAGAGUACAGUAUCAUAUCUCAAACUCGGUUUAAUUCAUGGUCUAGAUAGAGAUAUCUCACCAGAAGUACCUGAAGUAUAGUAUACUCUAGGAGUACACCAAUCUGACCCAUAAAUAUAAAUAUAAAUAUUUGUUAUUUUGUUUGGAAUGUUGUAUUUUAUGUAAAUACGAAUGUAGUAAAUUAUCUUCAAAUAUGUUUUAUAUAUACUUAAAUUCAAUUGACCUUAAUGGUUUUUAUAUUUUAUUAAAUUGGCAUAACUGACACAAACUGGUUGUACCACUAGCCGAAUCAUAUCACUUAUUAAACCGACACAACAAUAAAAAUCGGUUUGACAACCUUGAUUUUCACAUUCGAAGUUAUCGUGUCCCCAGGUUGUGGGUCGAAGCCCGAACCGUGUCUACCAACCGAACCCACUGAAAGUGAAAACUCAAAACCAAGGUUGUUAACCUGAUGGUCGAACCGGUUUGACCCAGAUCCGUCCAUCUAAACGAGCUUCACAGAGACACAGACCUAGUGAUCCUUCAGCCGGACCCGGUCACACCCGGCUGACCUGGACGGUUGGCCCGAGCGACCGGGUCAGCGGGCUGUGCACUUAUGCGUCAUCGUUUCGCGUGGGCCAAGUGAUUGUUCUGCUGCGCGAGUUGGAUAGCUGGGGGCUGGGGCGGAAGGUUCGUUUGAAAAUUGGAAUUUGGAGAGAGCAGGAGAGUCCCAAAACCUAGCCCCCUGCGUUCUGCCGUUCUCCCUUCUCCGUCUCGCCAGAAUCCGGCCGACUUAGCCCUACACGAGACCGCAGGCCGCCGCCUGCGUUCUCCCUUCUCCGUCUUCGCCCGCAUCCCGCAGCAGUGCUUCUACCCGAGUCGGCGACCUCCCACGGCUCCAGCUCCAGCGGCAAUCGACGACCUUCCCUCCGCCUCAGCUUCAGCUCGCGAUUCGCGAAGGAACGAGUCCGCCGGUGACCUCCCUCGGCUCCAGCUCCAGCGGCAUUUGACGACCUCCUUUGGUUUAGUCCGCCUCAGCUCCAGCUCGCGAUUCGCGAAGGACCAGUCCCUGCCGAGCUGCUCUGCCUCCCUGGUCCACUCUGCCUUCCCCUGCCUCCCAGUCGGCCAUUGCCUUCCCCUGCUAGCGAUUCGGGACUCUCUCUUGUAUUCAUUAUUACGAUAGGAAGCAGCUGCGCCUCGCAUUGCUGAAUAAGACCCUGGCUUUUCCUGUUUUAUUCGGUUAGUAAAGGCUGUUUUUUUUGUUGCUCUGGCUCUGCAUUUGCACUUUGGACCUGGGUUUCUUGUCUUCCUUUUAUUCUUCUUCCUCCUUAUUCAGAUGCUUACUUCCAAACUUUUCUUUGCACCCAUAGAUGACGGCAGUAGCGCACAUUUCAUUCGGAUUAUUGCCCAAGGUUACAUUGUUUGGUGAUAGAACGCCAGCAAAAGCUGGAUGCUUUCUACGGAGGCGCCGCUCUUCUUCUCUAGUGGUAUUAGCCAUGUCCACCAGCAGCAACAGCGGUGUCCCAAUCAUGGUAAAUAGCUGUAGCGGAAACAUGGGGAAGGCUGUCAUUAAAGCAGCAGAUUCAGCUGGGCUUCAAAUUCUUCCCCUAUCAUUUGGCUCGGAAGAGGAGUCUGGACAUGUCAUAGAAGUUUGUGGUAGAAGUAUUGAGAUUCAUGGUCCUUCCACACGAGAGGCUGCCCUUGCCUCUACCUACAAUGAACAUCCAAAUAUGAUUGUCGUUGACUAUACAAUUCCUGGUGCAGUGAAUGAUAAUGCGGAGACCUAUUGCAAGGUUGGUGUGCCUUUCGUUAUCGGAACCACAGGUGGAGACAGGGAUAGAUUGUACAAGACUGUUGAGGAUUCAAAAAAUUAUGCUGUGAUAUCCCCUCAAAUGGGGAAACAGGUAGUUGCGUUUCUUGAUGCUAUGGAGACUAUGGCUGAAAGGUCACCCGGUGCUUUUUCUGGCUAUAAGCUUCAGGUGAUGGAGUCUCACCAAGCAGGAAAGUUGGAUGUCUCUGGAACUGCUAAGGCUGUAAUAUCUUGCUUCCAGAAACUGGGAGUGUCAUUCGAUAUGAAUGAUGUACAAUUGAUUAGAGACCCGAACCAACAAGUUGAGAUGGUAGGAGUUCCUGAGGAGUAUCUGUCUGGUCACGCUUUCCACAUGUAUCAUCUGACUUCACCUGAUGAGACAGUUUCCUUUGAGUUUCAACAUAACGUAUGCGGUAGGUCGAUAUAUGCAGAGGGUACUGUUGAUGCCAUCAUCUUCUUGUCAAAGAAGGUUAUGUUGAAGGCAGAGAAGCGGAUCUACAAUAUGAUUGACGUACUGAGAGAGGGUAACAUGAGAUAGAUAGACUGUUUGGAUAACGGAAGGAAUAGUUUAGUUAGUCUCUGAAGUUUUGAUCCGCACCAAUGAAGAACUGAUGUUAACCAACGUUGUAAUGAGGAAUUGCAUCCCCAAGAUUGAAGGCAUGCGCAGAGCUAUUUCAACCUUGAAGCUGCGGCAGGCAUGGAGGCUAUGGUGAUUUAGACUUUUAGCAUUACAAAUUCAGAAUCUGGAGUCGAGAGAGACAUUUGUUGGAUAUUCUUCUUUGUUUUGGCGAUGGUGAACUUUUCAGGCAAUAAGAUGUUGGAGUGUACAAUAGAAUUGUCAAUUCACAAUGGAGGAAGUCAAGAAACAGUUCGAAUUUUUAGUAUUUCAGUGCCAAUCAAUCCUUGAUUUUUUGGGUCUUCCAUGCGCAAACAGAUCGUUUUAUUUUCCUUUCCAAAUCUCGAAUGCUGAUCACAUCCUCAUAAACAACCAACAAGAUGACCAAUAAUGGGAUACAUGCGUA